CAGGGGUCCAGUGCUUAUCUUAAGAUUCCGAUGGCCUGGGGAAGGACACUCUGCCUCGCGCCAAGUACCCCGUACCUACAAAAUACCUAGGUACGGAGAACAUCACCCCGAGGCCACCUGAUGGCUCCACUUUCACUCGUGCUCGUGCCCACUGCCUGCAGCUUGCCGGUGUGCUUUCGUCCUAAUCACGUCGGACGGAGCACAUCUGAACCUGGGCCAACUCGAGGCAGUGCAAUUAUACGUUUCCAGACACUUCCCCGUGUGCAACCGAUUCGACUCUUGUACCGCCGUCACUUUCUCAGCACUACCCAUCCCAUUUUGGCAUCUCCAGUCAUCGCUUCGACUUCUCCUCAUCCCAUUCGCAGGACAGAUCGAGGGUUAUCGUCUGUCGCACUCGCACCAGGGGGGGGGAACCCUUCAACGCCCUCUGGGUCCGUCUUCUAACCUGUACCUUGCUUUCUUCUGUCACUGCCGCCCCUGCCAUGGCAAACGAAGACAAAAGUCUCCUUGAUAGGCUGAACGCCCUUAAGGGUGGUGAUGCUGGUAUAUCACUCGACCGCUCAUCAAAGUAAAUUCC